CUCCCAUUAUAUUUGCAGCCACGCCAUCAGGCAGAAGACUUGUCAUUCCACUUCUCUUUAAUAUCUCACUUGCAUAAACAAUACUUGCAUUUACAGUAACUUGGCCAAGGCAUAUUAAAAUUAACACUUGCAUUGCUGUUCGCUUCAAGGUCCUUUUUAAACCUUGUUGUGGUUUUUGGGGGGUUGUUUGUUUCCUUAGAAAGUUGCUGUAGAGAGAGAUGUUCAUUGGAUCGUGAGAGUUGCUUGUUUGUCAGUGCUCUCUUGUGUUUCUCUUCAUUGGGGUUCUUUUCUUUUUCACUGAAGUUAAAGCGUAGCAAUUUUUCUUGGGAAAAACACCAUCUUUAGUCUUCCAGAUUCCUUUUUCUUCAGUUCUCUGCUCCAGUGAAAUUUAUCUUCUAGCGUUUGAAAUUAGAGAUUAAACCUUCAGGUAAAGCAUUGCUUAUGAAGCUUCCUUUUGCAAGGUAUGUUUCAGAUUCUUUUUGCAUUUAACGUUCCUGUUUUAAUUUUAGGGCUUUUAUCCACUUCUUUAGACAACAACUGGCGUUUGUAGCUUCUCCGAGCUUGUUCAAUGGGUUACUUUUACUUGCUUGUUCUUGUAUUGUUUUCAAGGAGUUGCUUUUUCCAAACUACUAAAGGAUUGCAAGCUUAUCAAACUCAACUUUUUCUGCAAAUAAGGAAGCAUUUAGAGUACCCUUCACAGCUGCAAGUUCUAGAUAAUUACAGUGGGAGCCUCUGUGACUUGGCUGCAACGGCACAUAUGAUGAUAUCUUGCCAGGACAAUUUUGUCACUGAGCUUAAGAUUAGGGGAGAUAAGCUUGCAAAUGUUAGUGGAUUCAAUGGAUAUGCAAUUCAUAAUAAAACAUUGUCUGAGACAUUCUCCAUUAAUUCUUUAGUUACCACAUUGACAAGGUUAACGAGUUUAAGGGUGCUUAGUUUAGUGUCUCUUGGGAUUUGGGGGCCUCUUCCUGAUAAGAUUCAUAGGCUAUAUUCUCUUGAACUUUUGGACUUGAGCUCCAAUUUCAUGUUUGGCUCUAUACCCCCUCAGAUAUCUAGAAUGGUUAAGCUUCAAACUCUAACAUUGGAUGGCAAUUACUUCAACGACACUAUUCCUGAUACACUGGAUUCUUUGUCAAAUCUUUCUGUUCUAAGUUUGAGGGGCAACCAUUUGAAGGGCCAGUUUCCUUCUUCAAUAUGCAGAAUUUCAAGCCUAACAGAUAUUGCCUUGUGCCAUAAUAAGCUUUCAGGGGAACUGCCUGAUUUCAGUAGCUUAACUCGCCUGCGAGUGUUGGAUGUAAGAGAGAAUCAAUUCGAUUCCCAACUGCCUGUCAUGCCACGAGGAUUGGUUACUGCUCUUCUUGGUAAGAACUUAUUCUCAGGUGAAAUUCCUGCACAAGUUGGCAUAUUGACUCAUCUCCAGCACCUUGACUUGUCUUUCAAUCAUCUGAGUGGGACACCCCCCUCUGCCUUGUUUGAUUUGCCAAACAUCAGUUAUUUGAAUUUGGCAUCAAAUAUGCUCAGUGGUUCACUUCCAGAGCAAAUAACUUGUGGUAGCAAACUCGGGUUUGUCAAUAUUUCUAGUAACAAGUUGGUUGGUAAGCUUCCUUCUUGCUUGGACAAUACAUCAGAUAAGAGAGCAGUAAAAUUUGGUGGGAAUUGCUUGUCCAUUGAAGGUCAUCAACAACAUCAAAGUUCAUAUUGUAAAGAAGCAAACACAAGAAAAACUGGAAGAAAAAUAGCAUUAUUAAUUGCUAUUAUAGUAGGAUCUAUUCUUCUUCUGGUGAUCUUGGCAUUUGGGGUUCUUUUUCUGUCUCGAAGAUGCUUCGAAAGGAAAACUCUCGAAACUCAAAUACGGCAAAAGGCAGUUCAGGAGAAUCCAACAACCGGGGUUUCACCUGACAUUCUUGCAAAUGCAAGAUUCAUUUCUGAAGUUAUGAAGCUAGGGACACAAGGUUCUCCGGUAUCUCGACUGUUUUCCUUGGAAGAGUUGGAGGAAGCCACAAAUAAUUUCGAUUCAUCAAUGUUUAUGGGUGAAAGCCCUGCUGGGAAGCUAUACAAAGGAAGAUUGGAGAAUGGAACCUAUGUUGCCAUUCGAUCUUUGAAUUUACUGAAGAGAUAUUCAAUUCAAAACCUUAAAGUUAGGCUUGAUUUCUUCUCAAAGCUUCAUCAUCCUCAUUUAGUAAGCCUUUUGGGGCACUGCAUUGAUGGUGGUGUACAAGAUGAUCCCUUUGCAAACAAAGUCUUUCUUGUAUAUGAGUAUGUGCCUAAUGGGAAUUAUCGUAUGCAUCUGUCAGAAAGUUGUCCAGAGAAGGUUCUUAAGUGGUCGGAUAGACUAGCAAUUCUAAUUGAUGUAGCCAAGGCUGUACAUUUCCUUCAUACUGGGGUUAUUCCCGGUGUUCAUAAUAACCGAUUGAAGACCAAUAAUAUAUUGCUGGACGAGCAUCGAAUUGCCAAGCUGUGUGACUAUGGGAUGUCUAUCAUCUUGGAAUACAAUGAAAAACUAGAGGCUAAGGGAGGGGGCUUAAAGUCUAGCCAAAGGCAAACUUUAGAGGAUGAUGUUUACAACUUCGGAUUUAUAUUACUAGAGUCUCUUGUUGGGCCUAUAGUGAGUGGAAAAGGAGAAACAUUUCUUUUAAAUGAAAUGGCAUCCUUUGGCAGCCAGGAUGGCCGAAAGCGAAUUGUGGAUCCAGCUGUGUUAAUGACUAGCUCACAAGAGUCGUUAUCGAUCAUUGUAUCUGUUACACGCAAAUGUACAUGUCCAGAACCAUCAUCUCGGCCGUCUUUCGAGGAUGUUCUUUGGAACUUGCAGUAUGCAGCUCAAGUUCAAGCGACAGCUGAUGCUGAUCAGAAAUCUGAUUCUACAUCAUAGUUAGUGAUACACCUGAUGUUCGAUUGUUGAUUUCUAUAAGAAAAGAUCUUAUUCACCACAAAAAAUGGCAAUGAAUUCAUUAUAUCAUAAAUAGUCAUACAGGCCAA